CAAGUUUUAGUAGGCGUGUCUCUUGGUGCGCACGCUAGAUACAGACAUCGUCAUGGAACCAGCUGUCUGCACUUACUUCUCGCUGGCACUAGAACAGUCUGUGGAAAUAUUGAGGAGAAGUACCGAGCAUAGACGUCGACGUCGUCUUUGUUUUGACAGGCAACAGGCACUACACAACCGAACCGAACCGAACCGAACCAAAUCGUGCUGGCAUGGCAACUUGAGGUGGGCCAACUCAGCACGGUUCCGUUCGGUUUGGCUGGCAUUCACACAACGAAGUGAAACUGAGCCAAACCGUGCCGUACUAUGCUGGCACAGUUACAAAUGCUCGUGUGAAUGUGGUAGUAGUGAGACUACCCCUCGACCAUUUGUCAAAGGUGAUGGUGUGGCAAUGCUUCUGUGCAUGUCCUGUCACUAAAAGAUUAAAAAGAUCGAAGAACUGGAGCUGAAACUUAAACUAAGAAUGCGUGCUUGCACGUGCCUCUGGCGUGCACUUACACCCACAAGAAUUUCACACGUGCAUAUUCAGUGUUAGUGCACUUAGCAUAACCAAUUACCGCUAAACCAAUCAAAUUUAGAGCCAACAUUCCUGAUCUAAGACGCUGAUUGGCUUAGAAGGCUAUUUCCGAAAUCAUUUUAGUACAGUUCUGGUUCAGACUGGAGUCGUGUGCUCCAGUUUGGAAGUACGAGGCUAACUUAACAGGUGCCAGUACCUGGCAGCAGCUGUCUCGUAACCUAGCUAGCAGAGAGGAUUUUUGGUGCUUCUUCAUUAUCUUUUUGUUGUUUUGUGUGUUUUAUUUAAACAGAUCAUGUAGUUUUCUACUUUUUUAGUUUAUCAGCACUUUUGAUGUGCAAUAUCACAAGGUUUAAAUGUGUUUUUAUUCUCAGGUGACUAUGGGCAUUCUGUGCUACUAGGAUAUAUUCUGGAGCUGCUGUCAUUUUGUGUUGGGAAGCACACAUACCACAUCAAGAACUACGUCAUGAGGAAGGAUCUGUUGGGUCGUGUUCUUGUUCUGUUACAGUCAUGUCACACGCACCUUGUACUCUCUGCUUUGCGAUUCUGCCGUCGAAUUGUGGGUCUCCAAGAUGAGUUUUAUAACCAGUAUGUGGAGCGUGGGGACCACUUUGCUCCUGUUGUGGCACUUUUCCAGAGAAACAGCAAUCGUUACAAUCUCAUCAAUUCUGCCAUUGUUGAAAUGUUUAACUUUAUCAUAAAUGAAAAUGUUGAAUUGCUUAUUGUGUACUCUGUCAGACGGUUUAUGGAUGUGUUCAGGGAUAUUGCUUAUGUGAAGACCUUUGAAAAGCUAAAGGUUAGGUAUGAUCAGAAUGAAGACAAGAGGAAGACAGCUGAUCGGAGGACAGAUGAAAGUAUGCCGGCUCCUGUUCAGAAAGCAAGUCGCUUCAGGCGGGAUGCUCGUGAUCUUGAUGAAGAUGAAGAGUUCUGGUUCAACGAAGAAGAUGAAGACGACUUAGACUUUGAUAAUGGGGAUGAAUCAAAGAGUGUAAACUUCAGUUCAUUUUCUCUCAGAGACAGCACUCCCUUGUCUCCUGUCAAAGACAGGCCUCUGUCACCUCCAUUACAUGCACCUGGAUCUCCGCCACUUGGCUCACCUCCCUUUACUGCAGGACGAAAGGAAUUCAGAUCCUUACCUGUGAGCCUGAAAGAGCAGCCACAGUCACCACCGAGUAGACCUAUUGUAAAGCCUCAGACGGCAGGCAUCAAGAUAAAGGUCAACCCUCUUCAUUGUAUUUCUGGUAAAUUGGUUGAUUAUCCAGAUGAAGAUUCUGAUGAGGAAGAGAGUAAUUUGGACUGCUUGGCCGACUCAGACUCACAAGAUGGCCAGAGCCCUGCUAAAAAGAAGCGACUCGCCUAACCUCUCAAAUGACAGUCAUUAUAUUGCACAUACUGUAUAACCAUAUGUUCUGUUAGCAGUGUUGUGUUAGUGCUAAUGUUGCUAUUGCAUCUCAUACUCAGGUGCUAAUGUUGUUAUUGCAUCUCAUACUCAGGAUGGGACAGUACUCUUUUUUUGCGUUGUAAGUACAAGUUGACUAAGAAACAGUCACAACACAUUGAA